UGCAGCAGUAGCCGGGGUACCUUUACCCAGACCUCUCCAGUUUUCCCUGGGCCUACUGGACUGCUCACCAUGAAGCUUCUCUCCCAGACUCUGUGUCUGGCCUUGGCUCUCAGCCUGGCUGCUGCGCACCAUCAUGAUUCUGAGGGUCAUGCCAGGGCUGUCAUCGACCGUUGCGAAGGGGUUGAGAUGGACGCCGUGUCUGUGAACGAGGAGGGAAUCCCCUACUUUUUCAAGGGUGAUCAUCUGUUCAAGGGCUUCCAUGGCAAAGCUGAGCUGUCCAAUGAGUCCUUCACUGAACUGGAUGAGUACCACCACUUUGGCCAUGUAGAUGCUGCUUUCCACAUGCACUUUGAAGACAGCCCCUCCGACCACGACCACAUGUUCCUCUUCUUGGACCACAAGGUGUUCAGCUACUACCAACACAAGCUGGAGGAUGGAUACCCCAAGGACAUCUCCGAGGUUUUCCCUGGAAUCCCCAACCAUCUGGACGCCGCUGUUGAGUGCCCCAAGCCAGAGUGUGAUGAAGACUCUGUCAUCUUCUUCAAGGAUGAUGACAUCUUCCACUACAAUGUCCGGACAAAGGCGGUGGAAGAGAAAGAGUUCAAAUCGAUGCCCAACUGCACCUCUGCUUUCCGCUUCAUGGAUCACUAUUACUGCUUCCAUGGCCACCAGUUCUCCAAGUUUGACCCCAAGAAUGGAGAGGUGCACGGAAGAUACCCCAAGGAAGCCCGCGACUACUUCAUGAAGUGCUCCAAGUUUGGAAAUGACAGUGACCAUGUGGAGAGAGAGCGCUGCAGCCGUGUGCAUCUGGAUGCCAUCACAUCUGACAGUGAAGGAAACAUCUAUGCCUUCAGAGGCCAUCACUUCAUCUCCAAAGAUGAGCGCAAUGACACCCUGGUGGCCGACACCAUUGAGAGUGCCUUCAACGAGCUGCACAGCGAGGUGGAUGCUGUCUUCUCCUAUGAGGACCGCAUUUACAUAAUCAUAUGUGUCCAGGUGUUUGUCUACAAAAUUGGUACACCCCACACCCUUCUGGAGGGCUUCCCCAAGCCUGUGAAGGAGGUUCUGGGCAUUGAGGGUCCCAUCAAUGCUGCAUUCGUGUGUCAAGAUCAUCACAUCGUUCACAUCAUCAAAGGUGGGAAGGUCUUCGAUGUGGACAUGAAGGCCAGUCCCCACGUCGUCAGCAAUGAGCGCCCUUUGUCUCCUCUCUUCAAGAAGGUGGACGCCGCCAUGUGUGGUCCUGAUGGUGUUAGGGUGAUUGUGGGCAACCAUUUCUACCACUAUGAAAGCACAAUGACUAUGAUUGCUUCCCGGAUGCUGCCUGAGCAGCACAGGGUGUCUCAGGAGCUCUUUGGCUGUGACCACUAGAGGCUCAGUGGGGUUGAGGGCGAAAAAUGGCCCACACAGUGCUAUGAAACAUAGCCACAACAACAACAUGUGUCAGGCAUUCAACAUCUAGCCACCAGACCCACUUCCUGAAUGCAGUGAGAGAACAUUUUCUUAAAAGUUGUUGUUGCCAUCACAGCUUCCCGUCUGCAAUGCCCUACCUCCAAAUCACUCUUCCUCUUUCUCAAAUGCACCAUCCCGUUGGACCCCCCCCCCCAAGUGUGCGAAGGAUUGGAUGAAGGCACACUACACAUUUUCUCAGCACAUUUUUCCACUUGUCAAUAAAAACAACAACACAAAA